CUAACCUGUUCAAGUGAAGAAAUUCGACAAACUAUCGGAAAUUUUUGUUUCAACCUACUUGUAAAUAGAGAAAUUUGAUUGAAAGAACGACAACAAUAUGGGAUCUGGCUGCUGCUCUGGUGGCGAUUGCGGAGGUGGACAGGAUACAUCCAUUCCUACCCCGCCUCGUCACGACGGGCCCUCGAUCGAGUCUGAGCAAGCAAACAACAGCAACGACCGAGAUGACGAAGACGAAAAGGGAGGCUGUUGCGGCACCGAAGGCUGCGAGAGCGAGAAACCGUAUCAUGAUGUAGAGGAAGCAGUCCGCGACACUGCCGCCAACGAUUGCGAUGACGAAACUUGCUGCGCUGGUGAUGAUGCAUCCACUACUCCAUCCACCAAAACCGUAGAGUGUUGCAACACCAAUGAGGAGCAUUGCGAUGAGAAAUGCAUCAUUGCCGCCGCCGCCGCAGAGUGCGAAAAGACAUGCGACGACGAUUCUGCCCAUGAUGCUGCCUCGGGUCACGAACACCUUCACGACCAGGAUGGCCGACAUGGAACUGCCUGCAACUCGCACCUAGCCAAGGCCUUUGAACAGUACAGCGCCUACCUCGAAACGGCUCGCUGCAUCUGCCGCAGCAUCCUUGAGCGCGGUUUGCCUGCUGCUGCCUGCUGCAAUGAGCAGUCUCAGCAAAGCAAGGUUGCAACCACGCACAAUGGCAAGGCCAAGCACACCAAGCAUAAGCAUGACCACGCUCAUGAGGGUGCCCAUGCCGAAACCACCGCCCACGGCCUUCACAAACACAGUCGCCAUGGUAUGAAGCACCGCAACAAGGCUGCCAAAAGAACGGCUGUGGGUCACCACCAUCGUCACAAUGACCAGUCCAUUGGUCAAGUCAAAGAGGUCGACGAAGAGUCCGACUGCUGCGGCAGCGAGCACGACAUCCACACCCCGCAACCUUUCGUGGAUAAAUCCCGUACAGGCGUAAACUCUGUUCCUCUGGGGGACAAAGACGUUGAGAAAGAUGCGGCUGGUCUGGAACACAUUUCCUUGGUCGUCGACGGCAUGACCUGCUCCGGAUGUGGUAACAAGAUGGAGCGGACCCUCAAGGGCUCUUCGGCAGCCGUCAGCAGCGUCCGCGUCAAUUUCGUCAUGGGCAGUGCUGAAUUCAGCCUGGAUCCUUCGCACGGCAUCAAGGCCGAGGAGAUCAUUCGAAUCGUCGAGCGAGGCACCGGCUUCCGCUGCGCCCGCAUGUCCGACGGAGACCAGACCCUGGAUGUUCUUGUGGCCUCGGUCCAGGCCUCUACUGCACUAUCCGAGCUGCAGAUCCCAGGUGUGACGCAGAUUGUUCCGGCUGACAAGAAGCGCAUGCGCCUGACCUACGAUCCUGCCGUCGUCGGACCGCGGACACUGCUGGAAAAGAUUGGCGAGCUUUCGGGUGGGCUGGCUCCGAAUGAUGAUCCAUCCGUGUCCAGCGGCCGCAAGAGAUUGUAUGACCAGCUCAUCAAGACAUGCAUAGCUGCGAUUCUUACGAUUCCCGUUCUUGUUCUUGCCUGGGGAAAAGAGAGCGUGCAUGUCGAGCCCCUCACUAGCGCGGCAGUCUCGAUUGCCCUGGCCACUCUGGUUCAGAUGGUUGCGGUCCCAGAUUUUUACAAGCCUGCAAUCUCUGCCCUGGUUCAUUCAGGUUCGGUCGAGAUGGACAUGCUGGUCGUCAUUAGUAUCACCGCUGCUUAUGUCUACUCACUUGUGGCUUUUGGAUUUCGUGUCGCUGGCCGCCCGCUCGAGACGGAGGAAUUCUUCGAAACGAGCACUCUCCUCAUCACCCUGGUGUUGCUUGGUCGCCUUGUAGCCGCUUUCGCCAGAAUGCGUGCCGUCGCCGCCGUGUCUCUGCGAUCUCUGCAGGCCUCGACAGCAAUCCUCGUGGGACCAAAGGGCGAAGCAUCCGAGAUGGAGAUCGACGCCCGUCUUCUGCAAUACGGCGACCGUUUCAAAGUCCUCCCACACUCUACCGUGCCUACGGACGGCAUUGUGACAAGCGGCGUCAGCGAGGUCGACGAGUCCAUGCUUACCGGCGAGGCAGUCCCCGUUCCAAAGGAGCGCCACGAUACCGUGGUCGCUGGUACUGUCAACGGAUCAGGAACGCUUGUGGUCCAACUAACGCGACUGCCAGGCAAAAACACGGUGACUGAUAUUGCCAAGCUUGUCGAGGAAGCUGCAAACUCAAAACCCAAGAUUCAGGAUGUGGCGGAUCGUGUCGCUGGCUGGUUCGUCCCGGUCGUCACUGUAACUGCGAUCCUUGUGACUAUUGUUUGGAUCAUCGUAGGCAUCAAGUUGCGGUCGUUCCCGGCAGAUCGGGCAGUUGCCGACGCUGUCACGUAUGCCGUCGCCGUCCUUGCCAUCUCUUGUCCUUGCGCUUUGGGGCUCGCUGUGCCCAUGGUUCUUGUGGUGGCUGGCGGCAUUGCUGCUCGUGGUGGAGUUGUCAUCAAAUCGGCUGAAAGCACCGAACGCGCCCGCAAGGUGACCGACGUCGUGUUUGACAAGACAGGAACGAUUACCGAGUCAGAACUUGACAUUACCGAAGAUGAAUACCCCCUCAACGACGUAGUCAGUAAGGCAGACGCCGCCGCCAUCGCCCGUGCGGUCGCAUCUGGGAACAAGCAUCCCGUAUCCGUCGCGGUUGCCAAGCAUCUGGAAAAUUACACUGCGGCGCAUCUCACGGACGUGCAUGUUGUACCAGGAUUCGGCAUCGAGGCUAAAUACAACGACCUCGUCGUGCGCGCUGGCAAUCCGCACUGGACCCAGACUGAAUCUCAUCCGACGGUUGCCCGGCUUUUGGAACAAGGCAUGACCAUUUUUGCCGUUUCCCUUGCCGAUACUCCCAUUGCUUUCUAUAGUCUUCGCACCCGCCUUCGUGUGGACGCCAUCUCAGUCGUCAAGGAGCUUCAGCACCGUGGCAUCUCCGUGCAUCUCGUCUCGGGUGACCAGAAGCGGGCUGUCGAAGCCGUGGCAACUCAGGUCGGAAUUCUCCCAUCCAACGUCGCUAGCCAGUACACCCCCGCCCAAAAACGCGAGUAUGUCGCCCAACUCAUGGCUCCUUCCUCCCAGCAGAAGCAACAACCCAAGGUAGUCAUGUUUGUAGGUGAUGGUACCAACGACGCCGUGGCCGUAGCACAGGCCGACGUGGGUGUGCAACUAGCAGCCGCGGGGGCUCCUGGCAGCUCCAAAGGUGCUUCGGCGGCAGCCAGUGAGGUGACUCGUGGGGCGGCCGACGUGGUGCUUCUCUCGGGCCUGGACGGGGUUCUCUUUUUGCUCGACAUUAGUCGCUCUGCCUCUCUCCGCAUGAAGUUCAACUUUGCCUGGUCUGCCAUCUACAAUGUCUUGGCCAUUCUUUUGGCUUCGGGUGCGUUGGUUGCGGUUCGCAUCCCGCCUGCCUACGCGGGAUUGGGCGAGAUUGUCAGCGUCCUUCCCGUCAUCAUCGCGGCCGCGACCAUGUUUGCUGCCAAGAAGGGCUGUGCUGACCGCAGUGCCUGAAGCUGAACUGCUCAAAGGGACAAAGAUCUUCGGAGAUGACCCACUCCCAUAAAGUUCAACACUUGGAGCGACCAAGCAGAGGAACGGUUUGGCGCGAGGGAGAGGGAAGGAAAUGUUUGUAGGGAUUAGCGCUGGUUCAACACUUUGCACUGGAUUUCUAGCCAUGCACUCAAUAUGCAGGCUUUCGUUUAGAGUAGUUUUCUUUUUUUUUUUUCUAUUUGUGUUUGU